GACUCUCUAUCUACGUCUCUAUCCAAACCCCCCAUCUCUUCUUUCCUUGCAUCCUCUAGAAGCACGAUGUAUGAUUAAACACCGCCUCCAUGGCCUCUCGCGGAUCCCUCAGCGUUCUCGAAUCCACCACCCCUCUAUCCCACUCCUUCCACGCUGCCCGCCCGCUAAUUCGAAAGCGCAAAACAUGCCACACGGCUGUGGAGUGGGCGAACCAGACGAUCAACAUCCGGGCCCACGCCGCAUCCCUAUCCGAUGAGCCCUUCGUCCUCGAACCGAUCGCCGUGGUCCCGCGUUCUCGACUGCCCUUCUCGUGGCUCGAGCCGCCCUCUGCCCUCUCGCCCAUCCAGCCGGGCAGUCUCUUCGUCGCCGACAUCCCGGUCCUGGAGCCCGGUUCUCCGCGAGACCCGCCGGUGCUGGCGGUGCGGCUGCUCAGCGACGGCGGCAUCUACGUCGUCGAGAGGGUGAAGGCGGGGAUCUAUGCGCUUUCGAAGCUCGCCCGGGACGUCGGGGAGGGCGAUAUCUUCGUCGCGGUGAAGGGAUGGAGUCCCUCGGCCUUGGAGGAAGAGGCGGGGCCCGUGGCGAACGGCGCGGGGGAGUGGUGGGAGCUGGCGAGGAUUGAAGAUCCGGUCCUGGAGCCCGAGUUCUCGACGAAGCGGGCGAAAUUCGACGUUUCGGUUGUGUUUGGCGUCGCGGGCGUUGCGGACACCGCAGAUGCGCGGAUGAAGGACAUUUCGCCGCGGGAUUCGACGGAAAGUCGCGCGCAGUCGCUGGCGCCGCCUCGGAGGAGCUCGAGUUCCGAUGCUCAGGUGCAGAUGUUUGGGUCCAUCGAUGCGGUGGUGUCGGGGGCUGAGGAGGCUAGGCCCGAUGCUCUGCAGUCGCCGCAGGAGCUACUAGAUAAUCUGAGGGAGCAGUACCUGCAAGCUCUCUAUGUGUCUAAGACCUCUGUGGCAUAUUUCGCCAAGGGACCGCUGACUCGGUGCCGCGCCGGCUUUCAGUCCCCUGAUUCUGAGUCGGCAACUCCCGCGGAUCUCAUUAAUUUCUAUCAAGAGGCUAUUUUGACUGCCAAGAAGAUGGAUCUGAAAUACCGAGAGACCCUACCGACCACUAUCCAGGAUGCUAUGCUGGCUAUUUCUGACGAGGAACCCGGUCGAAAGAAGAAGGGCAAGAGUAGGAAGGAGAAGAUGGGGAAGAAUGGCCUCUACCCCGGAGAAGACCGAUUCGUCCGGCAAUGGUGGAGGGACCGCGCCAUGGCCGACAUGGGUGCGACGAUUGAACUGUCGCGCGAAGCAGAGGUGAAGAAGAACGUUGCCGAUCUGCGAAUGCGCGAGACUCAACUACAGAUCCUCCUUAUUUUGGAGACGAUGGCUCUAGAAGCUGCCGCCGCAGUCGCUGCCGAAGCAAAGAAGCCGGAGGAAAGUGGUGGCGAACCUACGGACAAGUCACCGAAGAAGAAGACGAAGAAGUUGCAAGAGUUGAAGGUCAUGCUCGAGCUGCAUCUGGACCGAUUGUGCAUCUGGCAUGCCGUCAACUUCGAAGAUACUGGCGUGUCCGAAACCGCCAAGGCAAGCGGCGUUUCUGGAAAAAAGGUCGAGAGCGAUGCGGUUCGUGAUUUCUGUACGGAGGUGAUCAUCCCCUUCUACGCUUCUCGUAUACCGGACAAGUGCAAGGCCAUCACGCGGAAACUAGGUGUCUCGGGUGUCAUGCCAUCUUCAUCCUCUUCGAAGCAGUCUCAGACGAAGAAGACGCCCCAGGAUCCGGAGCCUGGAGCAGCCGAGCGAAAGCCACAGAAGCAUCCUCGUCGCUCGUUCCAGCGAGUGCUGACGGACAGUCAAACCACGUCACAAGCGCACCCACCGUCGCUGAAUCGGUCCAACACUGCGCCUUCCAAUCCUAACGCGAAGAGUGAUUCUAUCGACCCUCCCCUACCUAGUCUCAGCACCAGCGUGCGUGGUGGCAUCCAGAAGGCCAAGCGGGUGGAGAACCGCGAGGUUGAUCUGAUCGCCGUGGCCCGGCAGCACGAGACCAAACUGAAGAAGGUGCAGUUGCUCGUGGACCAGAAAAAGGAGCUCGACGCAGCCAUCCACACUCUCCGCAAGCCCAACCGCGAGCUAGUGGCCAAGGAUAUCGCCGAGGACGCCGACAAGAGACGAACCGGCGGCAGCGGCCGGAAGCCCAAGAACCCGGUGCGGAAUCCGCUGGGACAGGGCGUGCAGGUGGCCGCCACGCCCAAGGGAGGUCGCAAGAAGGACGCGGUGAUCGGCAUGCCUCCUCUGCCACGAAGCCUCACGCGAUCAUCUACCCAACCGAAGGGCUCUUCUGCAGCCCUAUUCGGCGGCGACGGAUCGCCGCGACGCAACUCCAGCAGUGGCGCCGUGCGGCCCAAUCUCUUUUCGGGUACCCCGAUGUCCAGAAACCCGGGGAUCAUCCACGACACGCCGUCACGCCGUCCAGCCCAGCCAGUUGGCUCCUACGACGACGGCGUCACCAGCAUCGGCGAGUCGCCCAGUAUCUCCAAGAACCUCUUCCGUAUUCCUCAACGGCCUGCGCCUCGUUCCGCGACCACGGACAUGCUCGCCCCCUCCACGCCAGUGUCCUCCCGACACGUGGACGCAUAUCAUGAUCAACCACACCACCCCGGCCCCAAAUCGUCCAUGGUCAUGGAGACACCACCGAAGAAGGGUCCCGCGGGGCCCGUGAUCCAGGAAACGCCUCCCCCUGCAAAGAUCUUCAGCACCCCGGUGAAGGGGGGCUCUUCUGCACUCAGGGUCCCAGCGGCGACCGGGCCGCCAGUUACGCCGGAAAAGUCGAUCUACGAGCAGUUGGGGUGGGACGAUGAGAUGGAUUUGUAGUUGAUUAUUGAUUUCUUGUUUUGCUUAGCGGGCGUUAUGGUGCAUGUCAGACGGUGUAUGUGUGGUACUCCGUAGGUUGGAUGAUUUAUGACUAGUCUAGAUAGAUGUAUAUAGAUCAAUAAUUGGUUCAGUGAAUAUGCUGCAGUAAUCCCAGUACUAGACUGAAUAAACACGAGAGACCCAACAACGAAGACGUUGUUUACCUCGGUAACCUUAUACGGUGUACAUCUACAUAGUUAGUUACC